CAGUAGGCGGGCACGCGCAGGGUUUUGUAAACAACAUGACGGCCUUCGGACUGGCCCUGCUAACUGGCUGAUCCGACACCGAACUGUCAACCUUCACAUAUCUCUGGACUCAGACCCGGUCUGACGGACCGAACGGGACUCUAACUGACCACACGCUGUUCGGUUCACACUGGAAUUCACCGAGCUGGACCUACGAGCAGCCGAGAAGACCGUUUGACUCGCAAACGGCCCUCCACGGUCUAUGGGCUCUCAGUCCAGUUCUGGGAUGUCUGGAGGAAGGAGCUCUUCCAGCGAGAACCCAGCGGAGCCAGCGGAAUCGAACAGGAGUAGCAGCGGCGGCCGGGGCCGAAGGACGGCAGACAGGCAGCAGACGGAACGACCGGUGGCGGCAGAGGAGGACGUCGAUUUAGCUGAAGUGCUGGCUUACCUACUAAGGAGGGGCCAGGUCAGACUGGUCCACGGCAGUGGAGCCACCGGGCUGCAGCUGGUCCAGUCGUACUCUGACUCUGACGAGGACAGUGAUGGAGCCUGGGAGGGUCGGCUGGGAGACCGCUACAACCCACCAGUGGACGCUCAACCCGACACACUCGAGGUGGACCGCAGUGAGAUCAGAACCCAGAUUCUGCUGGCCACAGCCUCAUCCACCCUGAGAGGCAGACACAGCUUCACCCACAUGCUGAGAGAGAGGGAGCAGGGCCGAUGUCGAGGCUCCAGUUUUUCUCAUGGGGAGUGCAGUCGUAUCCGGACGCAUUUCCUGCCAAACUACGUCUCCCACAAAGACACGUACCAGCAGAAAGCUUUCUGUGGAGUUUACAGUGAGGAUGGCAACAUGUUUCUGUCUGCCUGCCAAGACCAGAACAUCCGCCUAUAUGACACCACCAGGGGUCGCUUUAACCUACGGCGGACGGUGAAGGCACGAGAUGUGGGCUGGAGCGUUCUGGACGUCUGCUUCACCCCUGAUGCUCACCAUGUUCUGUACUCGAGCUGGUCCGACUACAUUCAUUUGUGCAGUAUAGAUGGAGACAGUGAAAACCACACCGCCCUGGACCUCAAUCCAGAUGAGAGGAGGUUCUGUGUGUUCUCCCUGGCUGCAUCCUCAGAUGGUAAAGAGAUUCUGGGAGGAGCCAACGAUGGCUGCCUUUAUGUCUUUGACCUGGAUCAGAACAAGCGAACGCUGAAGAUUGACGCUCACGAGGAUGAUGUGAAUGCAGUUGCAUUUGCCGACAGCUCAUCCCAGCUGCUGUUCUCCGGCAGCGACGACGCUCUGUGUAAAGUGUGGGACAGACGGACGCUGCGGGAAGACAGACCUCAGCCGGUUGGACAGCUGGCUGGACACCGAGACGGCAUUACCUUCAUCCACAGCAAGGGUGAUGCUCGUUAUCUGAUCAGCAACUCGAAGGACCAGUCCAUCAAGCUCUGGGAUGUCCGGAAGUUCUCACCCAAAGAGGGACUGGCAGCCUCCCGCCUGGCUGUCACCCAACAAAACUGGGACUACCGCUGGCAGCAGGUUCCCCAGAGAGCCCUGAAGAGACACAAGCUGACGGGCGACACCUCAGUGAUGACGUACCGUGGUCACGGUGUCCUCCACACUCUCAUCCGCUGCCGCUUCUCUCCAGAGUUCAGUACCGGCCAGAGGUUCAUCUAUUCUGGCUGCUCCACUGGAAAAAUCAUCAUUUAUGAUGUGCUGACGGGCAGCGUGGUCUCCAGACUGUCGGGCCACGACGCCUGUGUGAGGGAUGUCAGCUGGCACCCGUAUGAGGACAACAUUGUCAGCAGCUCCUGGGACGGAGCGGUGCGAAUGUGGGAGCACAGACAAACCCAUCCUCUGGAGGAGGAGAGGGAGCGGGACAGAGACUGAUGACUGGAGAGAGAGAAGAAGAAAAUAAUGUCAGAGGAGGAGACAUCAGUGCAGAAUAGGCGAGACAAGCCCAGACAGAGGACAACAAUGAGCUCAGAAGGACUGGGAGAGACUUAAAUAUCUUUUAAAUUCAAUGCUGGAUAUUAAUGAUCAUAGCUGUACCGUGGUUGUGAAGUGUUGGGUAGGAAGGUGUUGCAGCCUGAUGUCGUACAGGUUAAAGACACUGGGAUGGCCUGCUUCUGUUCUUCUUUUUCACUGUCUUAAAAGAAACAGGCCAGAGAUUUUUAUUUGGCCUGAAACACUGCACUUAACACGUGCUAAAGCUCCAAACACCAAGCACUGCACAUAGGUCAUUGGCUGUUAAAGUGAUGUGAGCUCGUUAAUAAGAAUCUAUGUUGGAUAUUAGAGGGAUGAGGUGGUUCUGUAUAAAUGUAAAGUAUUUUAAUGUGUGCUCAGAGAGUGUGUUUAGAUGGCCAUCAGUGUUGACUUCACAUAUUCAAAGACCAGAUUGAGCACAUCAAAAAAAACCCAGAACUUAAUGGGUGGUUCCCUGACUUCCAGCAUGCUGGGUCAGCACUCAGCUCUGUAAAUACAAGCCCUGAGCCUGUUAAAGAAGCAAUUCUAUUGGCCAAUAUAAACCUGUGAUUUGAAUGCGAUGUGUGUUAAAGUCAGGGACAGGGGAUGUGUGUGUGUGUGUGUGUGUGUGUGUGUGUGUGUGUGUGUGUGUGUGUGGACAAAUACUUACACACUCAUCUGUUUAUGCAAUUUUCAGGUGUUUAUAUCAGAGCCCAUGUUUCUCUCUCAGACUGUUGUUUAACAAUAAAACCUUUCUCUAAACCUUCCACAAACAAA